ACACUCUGGCCCUGGUACUUGGUAUUCAAUCUGUUCUUGGACUUGGCCAGGCACAGGGUCCAAGGCCCCCAAACUCAUGGCCAUACCUUUUCUGUUCUUUCACUCUGCAUAUCUGUAGUUGAGUCUAGGGAAACUCCAUUUUUUUUCCAGAUAAACCUAGUGGGAGACGGGACCUUGCUGGUUAAGUGUGGUGUACUGGCCUGGCAGUAUCCCAUGGCUUUGAGGCAAGGGGGCCACCCUGAUGUCCCAGCACAAAUGUGUAAUGCUGAACUUAAGGAAGACAGGAAAGGAGGAGGGAAAAUGGAGGGGGAGAAGGAAGAAAAAUGAGAGAGGGAAUUAGGAGAGGAAGAAAAGGGGUAAAGAAAGGGGGAAGGACGUGCAAAGAAAAAAAGGGGAAGAGAAGGGAGAAAGGAAAAGAAAACCUAAAGAAAGUGAUCUCCCCCAAAGUUAGGGACUGUAAGUGAAUGCUUUACGUUUUAAAUUUUAAUAAGUUAGCCACUCUUUUUCACCCAAACGCUACUCUAAGUUUCUGGAGAAAUUUCCAGUGGGCCAGAAGCUCCUGUGAAGUUUUGAUAAGCAAAUGUGGCUGCCCUCGAGCCCCAGUCAUUGGCUGACGCUGCAGCCCCCAGAUUCUGACACAAAUAAUCAGAUUGAAAAUCAGGGAGGGGAACAGAAGAGGAAAAAAAAAACAGAGACAAAAAGGAGAAGUAUCUGUUUGUGCAGAGACUCAUAAAGUUGACGGAGCUGAGAGCAGUCCCCAGGGACUGUGUGGAGUUCCGGGCUCUCAGGAUCCUCAGGCAGAACUCAGAAAAGGGACAGCUCCUCGAAGGUGUGGCACAUACUCUGGAAAAUGCCACGAUCCUUCCUAGUGAAGAGUAAGAAGGCACACACCUACCACCAGCCCCGUGCCCAGGACGAUGACCUGGUCUGGCCUCCUGCUGUAAUUCCUGUGGUGAAAGAACAUAUCCUGAGUAGCAGCCCUGUCCUUGGCACACUACUCCCAAGCCAGACCCUGGACUGGAACAUAGUCAAACAGGAGCAGGAGAUGCUGCUGGACCAGAACCUGCCCAAGAUGGCCUCAGCCCCAGAGGGGCCUCUUGUGACAUCCCAACCCCAGGAUGGGGAGUCACCGGUCUCCGAGUCACCCCCUUUCUACAAGCCCAGCUUCUCUUGGGAUACCCUGGCCUCCUCCUACAACCACAGCUACCAACAGACCCCCUCCACCAUGCAGUCGGCUUUUCUGGAGCGCUCCGUCAGGCUGUACGGCAGUCCCCUCGUGCCCAGCACUGAGUCCCCCUUGGACUUCAGCCUCCGCUACUCUCCAGGCAUGGACACUUACCAUUGUGUCAAGUGCAACAAGGUGUUCUCCACCCCUCAUGGGCUAGAAGUGCACGUCCGCCGCUCUCACAGUGGAACCCGGCCCUUUGCCUGUGACGUCUGUGGCAAAACCUUCGGCCACGCUGUGAGCUUAGAGCAGCACACACAUGUCCAUUCCCAGGGUGUCCCAACCGGGUCCAGUCCUGUGCCCAGCUUGGCUGUCCCAGGCCUCGAAGCCCCACCUGCACCUGACCCCCCAGGGCCUCGUUUCCUCCGGCAGGAGCGUAGCUUUGAGUGCCGGAUGUGUGGCAAAGCCUUCAAGCGUUCAUCCACCCUGUCUACCCACCUGCUCAUCCACUCCGACACUCGGCCCUACCCCUGCCAGUUCUGUGGGAAGCGCUUCCACCAGAAGUCAGACAUGAAGAAACACACCUACAUCCACACAGGUGAGAAGCCUCACAAGUGCCAGGUGUGUGGAAAGGCCUUCAGCCAGAGCUCCAACCUCAUCACACAUAGUCGCAAGCACACAGGCUUCAAGCCCUUCAGUUGUGAGCUGUGCACCAAGGGCUUCCAGCGCAAGGUGGACCUUCGCCGCCACCGUGAGAGCCAACACAACCUCAAGUGAGACUAGCUGCCAGCCUGCUCCAGUGUCUCAUCCUCACAUUCUGACCCUUAUCCUCCUGGAAGCAGCACUGGCCAAGAGACUUCGGGCUUCUUUUGAGACUCGUGGAGUUGCCAGGUGGCCUCAAGCAAGCCACACUCCUUCUUGGACUGCCACACGGUGUAGGAGUCAGCUCGGGCCUUUCUGAACUGGAGUAGUCACAGAUGUCUUGUACCUGCCAGAGUAUAGACAACUACAAGACCCUAGUGGACAAAACCAGGAUGCCAAGGCCAAACAAGAUCAGGGAUCCACAGAGAAACCCUCCUGCCUGCUUCUCUGAGCCUGGGGACUUUAAAUUUUUAAGGAUUCUUUUUCUGACUGUCACAGUCAGAGUUGCCACCCGCCUCAGCUUGAGGUCUGGCACCCCUCUUCUUUAGCCAGAUGUGCUGGCUGUUGUCCCCCUCUCCCUGCCCCUGUCACAUUCAUCUGGGAGUCAGGUUCCCCAGUUAAGCCUCAAGGCUGGGAAAUGAGGAGUUGGUGUGUCAGAGGCCUGUUCCUCUCGACUGAUGUAAA